AAGCCAGAGAGGUCAUGCCACCACCAGCGUUCACCAGCGAUACCAUUGAGGUAUAAAAAACGAGUGAGACCAGUCACUGGUUACGGUUAUUUAGUCGUGUCACUGGAGACCACUGUCGGGCAACAGAACGCAUUGCGCAUUUGCUGAGUGAUAGAGAGUGUGUAGGUAGGUGGUGGCUGCUACACGAGAGCAAGUGAACGAAGUGUCUCGUGCACAACAACGGGUCAUUAUCCCUGAAUUAAGAUUUAGCUGGGGAUACAUUGACCCCCAUAUCGAAUUGGAUAUGUCGGUUCGCACGCGGACAGGAUUUUACCGUCAGGAGGUAAACAAAACGGCAUGGGAGGUUCCAGAGCGUUACCGCGAGCUAAAGCAGGUGGGGACUGGCGCCUAUGGGACAGUAUGCUCCGCCCAGGACCGCAGGACUGGGGUGAGGGUGGCCAUCAAGAAGCUCCACAGACCCUUCCAGUCAAAGCUCUUCGCCAAGAGGGCCUACAGAGAGCUCCGGCUCCUCAAGCACAUGAAGCACGAAAAUGUGAUUGGACUGCUGGAUGUGUUCACUUCUGAGAUCUCAUUGGACAGGUUUCAUGACUUUUACCUGGUAAUGCCAUUCAUGGGUACUGAUCUGGGGAAACUGAUGAAGAUGGAGAGAUUGUCACAGGACAGGGUGCAAUUCCUUGUCUAUCAAAUCCUGAAAGGACUCAAGUAUAUCCACUCUGCAGGGAUCAUCCACAGGGAUCUCAAACCUGGAAAUUUGUCUGUCAACGAAGACUGUGAGCUGAAGAUCCUUGACUUCGGGCUGGCUCGGCAGACGGACACAGAGAUGACUGGGUACGUCGUCACUCGCUGGUACAGAGCCCCCGAGGUAAUCCUCAAUUGGAUGCACUAUACCCAGACUGUGGAUAUCUGGUCGGUGGGCUGCAUCAUGGCGGAGAUGCUGCUGGGGAAGCCGCUGUUCAAAGGAAAUGACCACCUGGACCAACUGAAAGAGAUCAUGAAGAUUACUGGUACACCCACUGCAGACUUUGUUACGAAGCUACAAAGCCAAGAUGCCAAAAACUACAUACGGAGCCUUCCCAAAGUACCAAAGAAAGAUUUGCACUUUAUUUUUUCCAAAGCUAGCUCAGACGCGGUGUGUGUGCUGGAGCGCAUGCUGUUGCUGGACCCUGAGAGGCGGGUGAGUGCAUCGGAGGCGCUGGCCAUGCCCUUUUUCAGCGAGUUCAGAGAACCAGAGGAGGAGACUGAGGCCCAGUCCUACGAUCACUCCAUGGACAACACAGACCUGCCCCUGGAACAGUGGAAACGUCACACAUUCACAGAGAUCCUGUCCUUCAGGCCUGCAGCAACAGAGACCAAGGACCCCAAAGAGACAUCACUCUGAGAGUACACCCAUACCUGUCAAUGAUUAUUGUAUUGUAUAGAUAGAUGUAAUGCGAAUGCAAUGUACAGAAUGUAGUUUAUUGAUUAUAAAAAGAUUUUCUGCCAAAUAAACAUUUUCAAAGAUAU